CGUGUAAAUCCCACUGGGAUUAUACAUCUGAUAUAUAAUCUUGAAUAGUUCUGCUGUUAAUAUCAGUCAUUGUAUUACCGACAGCACGACUGCAUACGGAAAUAUAUUUUUUUUUUAAACGUAUACUACAAGGUUAACAAAUUUAAAGUGAUGAUAAAUCGCAUGUGGCAUGGACAUAAAUAAUCUGUAUCACAAUACACAUGUAAGUUUACCUUGAUGGUUUAUCGCGAUUGUUAAGGCCAAAUGUGACUUUCGGCAAAAUAUCACAUGUGUAUGCAGUGUGUAUCAGCAUUUCUUUCAAUGAUAAUGUAGGCAACAAUUUGUUUCGACGUUCCAUACCAAUAUCGCAAUUCACGGUGGAUAUCACGGAUUUUCCGCAUCGUUCUCUCGCUUAUAGGAUUUUUACCUUUUUAUUUUUUCGUUGGUAUGGUGAAUAACUAUGUAGUAAAUCGUGAGCUCAUGAGACGAAUGAAAAUGACAAGAUUAUAUAAGUCUAAUAUUGUGAGUGGAUAGAAUAAACUUCAAGAUAAAGAGGAGUUGGCAAAUAAGAUAACAGAGAAAUGUCCGGUUCUACGAAGGCCACAGUGAUGGACACCUCUUACCGGAAUUCUGAUCCGCUUACAUCGGAAUUUACUUUCAUGAACGUGACGUUAUUGAACUCGACGACCACUUCUGAUAGUUCUCAAUCUGAUAUUGGUGCAAAUGUUUUCUUGAAGAUAGCCGGCAUAUUUUUAGUAAAUUUUCUAGUUCUUUUUGGUAACAUUUUGAUAUUUUUGGCUGUGUUUACAGACAGGGCUUUGCGAACGACUACGGUUUGCUUCAUUGUAAAUCUCGCUGUUGCGGACUUGCUGCUCGGUGUAGUUGUUUUACCUUUUGCAGGUUACCAAAUAUUAAUGGAGAGCUGGGAUUUUAGUGACCCAUUUUGUGACAUAUGGGCAGCAACGGAUGUUUUGUGUUCUACUGCGUCUAUAUUCGGUCUAUGCUGCAUUGGAAUCGAUCGGUAUAUCGGUGUUACAAGGCCACUUAAGCACCAUCUUAUAAUGACAAAAAAGAAAACGUUAUUAACAAUCGGAUUGAGUUGGGCUUGUGCUUUUGGUGUAGCAUGUGGUCCUUUAUUUGGAUGGCGGCCAAAACGAGAUUCGAAACAGUGUCCUAUGACAGAUUCUAUGGAGUAUGGUCUGUUUUCAACAUCCAUUUCGUUCUAUAUACCGCUCGUUAUCGUUCUCAUAAUGUACUAUCGGAUUUAUCGCGAAGUUAGAAAACAAACCAAAGCAAUAAAGGCUGGUGAGAAGACGUACGUGAUCGCCAAUGAGGGCGCUGGUUCUGUUACCCUACGAAUACACGUCAGCAUAUCAGCCAAUCGUAAGACAGCAUCGAGAAAGAACUUUGUCAAAUCAAGAAGUUUCUCUCAAAAAGUUGCUUCGUUCAACCGUCAAAAGAGGGCAGCAAAGACUCUCGGAAUCGUUGUUGGCGGUUUCAUAAUAUGCUGGUUGCCGUUUUUCAUUCUCUUUCCUUUAAGUACAAUAUGCACUGGUUGUAUUUCGGCUAAGACGAUUGAUACCUGCACCUGGUUGGGAUAUUGUAAUAGUUUCUUGAAUCCGUUCAUCUACGCCUAUUCGAAUCAAUCUUUUAGAAAUGCGUUCAAGAGACUUUUAAUGUGUAAAUGCAAAAAAACCGGCCUUUACAGAAGCAGACAACUAGCUUUACGAAAGAUUAGCAAUAUUAAUAGAUACACUACAGGUGGUGGCGAAUCACCCAUUUUGUCUCAUCUAAAACACCGUAAACGGUGUAAACAUCCUAACAAUGACAACAUAAGCCUAAUGCAAUUAGAAAAAGUUUCGGAGAAACGGGAUUCGAUUAGAAGACAAAGAAAGGAUAAGCCUCGAGAUGUUCUCCCACAUAUUAUACUCGAACAAGAAGUUGAAAGUUCGUUGGCUAAUGACCGAACAAAUAGUGUACAUGAACAAAACUAUGUCGAUCAACGUGAAAUUAUGAAUCAAGGUAAAGCUUCACAAACUGUUGACGAAUUGCCCAAAACGCAAACAUUCCAUCUAAAGAGAAAUAUCUAUACAAACGGCGAAUGCGGGUCUACAUAUCCGAACGACACUCUAAUCGAAAGUGCCGACGGCGAUAGUAGCAGUUGUGACGAAGAUGAACAUUCUCCGUUUAUACAUAAUUUACAAAAUAGGGAACGAUUUUUUGAUGAAAGUACAAGAAUUUAUAAUAAUUUUCUGCAAACGAGAACACCCAGACGUUCGUCACAGAAAGGCCGCAGACCUAGUGCGCCUUCUGCUCAUUUUAGCGUUGUCGUUGAGACAGUAGAUGACCCAAAACAACCAAGACGAGGAAGUUAUUUUGUGUGAACUAUUAUUCAUCUUAUUUACAGUAUAUUGUUUAAGCAACUAAAUCAAAGAACGAGUCUUUUAAUCUAUACCUAGUUGUAGGGCUUCUACUGUAUACGGUAUCUACUUUUUUUUAGUUUUAAAACGUCACGCUGUUUGAAUGAAUGAUCAGAAAUAUGACAUGAAAAGUAGUAAGAACAUACAAAUGAACUGAUGGACGCACGGACGGAUGGACGGCUGGAAUGAUAAAUUAAUGGAAAGAAUGAUGGAAGGAAAGGAUGGAUGGACGGACGGACGGAUGCAUGGACGGAAGGGUGCAAGAAAGGAUGGAUGGAUAGACGGACGGACAGAUGCCUGGACGGAAAGGUGGAAGGAAGGAUUGAUGGAUAGAUGGAUGAAUCAAUAUAGGAACGAAUGAAAUGAACAAACGAACAGACAGACCUCCGGACGGACGACCGGACGGACGAACGGAAGAACGAGGGGAUGGGCCAAAGAAAAAGGAAAAUGAUGGAUGGACAGACCGACUAAUGGUUGGACAGAAAGAUGGAUGGAUGGAAGGACGGAUGAAUGGACGGGAAGGAAGGAAAAUGAAAGAUGGAUUAUUGGAUCGACGGUCGGAUAGACGGAUGGAUAGAUUGAUAGAUAAUUGGACAGAAGGACGAGAGGACGGAUGGGUGGAUUGGUAGAUGGACGGAUAGACGAAAACGGAUUGAUGGAUGAAUGGGUAAAUUGAUAGACGGAUGGAUAGAUGAAUACGGUUUUUAUUUUAUGUCAGUUAAAUUAAAUCUUUCACUUUUUUUGUAUACCGGUUUGACGAUUUUACAGUAAUUUUAUAAUUUAUUUUUUUUAAAUAUAUUUAUUGAUUUAUUGACAAUUCUAUGCAAUUAUGUGGUAAUUUUUUGGUAUUUCUUCAUUUUUUGUUUAUAUUUUGGUAUAAUCUUUGUAAUUGUUGAAUUGUAUAAUUGCAUGAGGUGUUGUCUUUGUUGGCAGGGGAUUGGAUGAGCACAUCUCUUGAUGACAAUUUAUUUUAGCUUAUCACUCAACAGCGCCUGCUCCACAGCCUCUUUUAUUUUGUCAUUUUUGCUUGUAUUAGGUUGAAAAUAAAAUAAAAUGAAUAAAGAAAAUGAAUUAAAAAAAA